UGACAUGCGCAAUCCGACCAGGAAGUUGAUCAGCAUAAGGUAAGAGCACCUCCCUCCUUCGUUCGUGUGGGCGAAAAACUCACGAUUUCCGCGAAAUUCCAGCUCCACCGUGGGAGAUCUCCACAGUUACUGACACGCCAACUUUCACAGAAGUUCUCCUGAUGGCGUCCCCGUGGGGUUGAGUAGAGAUGGACCCAAAUAUGGAGGUUGAGGUGAGCAGCGUGCAGGAGUGGCUGCAGGCCAUCCAGCUGGAGGUGUACGUGCAGCUCUUCACCAGCCAGGGGUACACGCAGCUCAGCGACUGCUGCAGCCUCACCGACGACACGCUGCACCAGAUCGGCAUCAGCCGCCCGGGACACUGCCGCAGGAUCCUCAAACACCUGCCCAUCUCGUGCGAGGGCCAUGUAAAGAUGCCGGCCGCCUCCCCGAUCGAGCCCAGCCCGCUGGGUUUACUGUCCGGGAGCACGAGCAGCGUGGACAGCGCCACAGAUCAGCUAGUCCCGCCGAAACUCCCGCCGAAGAUGAGGAAGGCAUCUAACGAUAAAUCUCCAUCCCCCUCCCCUACCCCAGAAGAAGAGGAGAAAAAGGCUGUUGCCGCCCCACCAGUCUUCCCUCCCCAAACCUCUCCCCCAAACCCACCGCAUGACGGGCAGCUGCCGGCAAAACCUAAACCGACCCCGAAACCCAGGAACCUUCCACCCAGGCCGGUUCAAAACGAUGGCAAAUCGGUUCAGCCCAACAGACCGAAGCCGACACCAAGACCGCGCCAAAACCUCCCUCGCCAGCAAAAUCCCAUCCCCAGAACUCUUAGUGAAGGCGGUAAUGAUGAAGAUGGUGCAAAACUCAAGAAGUCUAUUCGUAGGGAUGCGAUCAAGUCCAUGCACGAUGACCUUGAUGAAUCCCAUGAAAACAACCCAGUGAUGCAGGAUAACCCCAUAUAUAGAAAAACAUCACCCAGUAACAACAUUAGUCCGUCUACAACAGACAGCAACAAAGGUAGAAACAACCCUGAGGAACCUACACAGCGUGUGGUCCCGCCAAGAAACACUGAGUUUCGGAUCGUAGGAAAUGGUGGUCACCACAACCCUCAGUACGACGAAGUGGCCCGCGAAAGCCAGGCAGACUUGUACAGCCAGGUUGAACCACAUGGGAAUGGUAUGCCGCCCCCCCUCCCGGAUAGGCCACCUGCCGCUGUUCCUCGCAAGGACGGCGACGGCAGUAGCACUGACCCUGGGGUCAGUUUGGAGCCCAACGAAAUUGUCCCACCCCCCUUGCCAUUUCGCAACAUGCGGACACAAAACGUCUAUGACGAUGUUGCACCUGAUUUGACUAUAGUUACGCACGUUCCAGACCCCUACGAGGAAGUACAAAUUAACCAAGUUACACAGACUGUACACUUGCCAAACUCACAGCCCAUGACAUCAAAGGCCAGCAAGACGUGGCCACGGUCCCAUCCCCACCCCCCACCCCCGGGCAAAAAGAAAAGCCCACCGUCCACCGAGGAGCCAGGGGUGUAUGAGACUGUCAACAUAGACGACAUGAAGCCUCCCCCCAACAGAGCCAACAACAGCAGUAUCAAAAUGGUGGCAUGUGACGUGUAUGAAUCCAAGGAAGAGGUUCAAAAUCAGAUGAUUGGAGAAGAUGUUUCUCCAUAUGAAACCGUCUCCUACGACCAGAGUGAUAGUAUGUCAAGUAGUGGAGACGACAUUGACGGCGGAGGUGCAUCUGUUCCUUGGACCUUGCCACCGACAGAGGAUGAUGAUGAAGAAGAGUGCAAGAGCAUUCCUAUUUCGAGUGCAACGAUACGUAAAAAUGAGCGCUGCGGCUAUCUGGAGAAACAAGGAGGGAAGCAGGGUAACAAGGGGUGGAAGAAACGCUGGGUGGUGUUUGAUGGGUCUGAACUCAUCUACUUCGAGAACAAAGAAAAGGCUCAAACUUCAUUGUCCAAGAGGAUCAUUCCUGCCUUUACAAUGACAGCUGUGACAUACCCCAAGGGGGAAACCAGCAAGCCCAACCGGUUUAAUCUGGAAACUCGAGCCAGAACGUACCAGUUUGCUGCUGCUACCAAUGAUGAGGUGAAUCUAUGGGCCAGCAGUCUCAUGCAGGCAAUAAUAGAGAUGGAAACGAAGAAGCCAGAUUUUGCCUUCAAGAAUGGAGGGGAGAUGUGGGACUAUGAUAAGAAGGGCUGGCUAAAACUGGAAGGUACCAAGGGCAAAAGCAUCAUAGCCAUCAAGGGAGGUCGCCUGUGCUAUUACAAUACUACUGAGGAUUAUGAAGCAGCAAGUCCCAUCAGUAGAAUAGAGAUGAAGCUGGCAUCAGUGAAGGAGCCACCAGCCAGGUCACCUACCAAGUGGCAGCUGGCUACACCCUUUCAGUCAUACAUGUUUACUGCAGAAAGCAAGGAGGAGGCGAAUGAAUGGGUGGAAGCCAUGAAAGAGGCAAUAGGGGAGGGACUGGCAGACUAUACGGUGUUGCAUCAGGUAUGGGAAGUCCAGUCGAACAAGUACUGUGCGGACUGCGGCAGUCCAGACCCAGACUGGGCGUCCGUUAACCUGGGUGUUGUGGUGUGUAAGCAGUGUUCAGGGAUCCACCGAGAGAUUGGCCCUCCCAUCUGUAAACACAGGUCUCUCAAGAUGGACCUGCGAGUCUGGACAGAACGCCUGGUCAUGCUCUUCAAACAAAUAGCCAACCACAAUGCCAACUACUAUCUGCAGUACAACCUGCCUGAGAGUGAGAGAAUUGAGAAGGACUCUCCCAUGGACUUAAGGAGAGACUUCAUCCUGAACAAGUACAGAAACAGGAAGUACAUCAAGCCCCACCCUUACUACAUGAACCAGCAGAAGCUUAACGAGGCUCUGUGCAAAGCAGUUGUUGAAGAUGCAAUCAUGGAGACGUACCACCUGGUCCUGUGUGGGGCUGAUGUUGAUUGUUCAACGGGGGACCCAGAGAAGCCACAGCCAUACUACUUAGCAGAAAGUGCCAACAAAGUGUUACAAAUGGAAUUUCUACAGCAAAAUGGAGCUUCAGAUUCCCCAGGAGAGAACAAGACCAGUAUCUCCACAAUCUUCUCUAAUGCAGAGAACAGAGACCCUAUUCCCCAGCAGCCUGUGUCCUUGAGGGGCUGGUUACACAAAACUGGCCACACCUCACGAGGUACCAUUCAUGUGUCUGUAGAUGGACUCAUAGGCAGAGUAGGAGACUUCCAGAAGAGAUGGUGCAUCCUGGAGGACAAGGUACUCAGCUACUACGCUGAUGACAAGGAUCUGAAAGCCAAGAACAUGAUUGAAACCAAAGACAUCCUCUGUGUGCAGCACUACACUCCUGAUGUGGCCAUGAAGUCAGGCUCUUUCUCUCACAAGUCUAAACUGGACUUCCUUCAUAAACCAGACACCUCAGAAAAAGACAAUCAUAAGAAACGACAAGUAUCACAGAUAAGACCGUCAAAACGACCAUCAGUUAGGCGGAGAGUGAAACCAACCCAGAGCCAGGAGACCAGUGACAUGGAGGACAGAUUUGUGAACUGUUUUGAGUUGUCUACAUUUGACAAGAAGUACAUGUUCUGUGCUGAUACACCGGAGGACAGGGUCAGAUGGAUGCAUAACAUUGCCAAGUGUUGUGCCCCUCCGGGAGUUGUGGACAAGAUGGGAGAUUUUGACAGGGCAGGUUACCUGUACAUGAAGGACUCCCCAAGCCUGAGUUGGGUUAGUGUUUGGUGCAACUUGAGUGGAAAAAACCUCAACUACUGGAACAAGAGUUCCAGGGAGGUUGAAACUGUUGACUUGAGGAAACUGGUCACUCUGAGUCAGCACACGGAAACCUUGAACAUGGACCUGACUGACAAGAGUUACUACAUGUCUGUAGUUGUGCAUGGCAGGCCAGCUUUGAGUCUAAAAGGAGAAGGGAAGAAGGAUACUGAUGACUGGUAUGCUGCUAUUCAGAAAGCCAGCACGGAGGGUGGCACCAAUCUUCAAGAGCAGCAGUUGACAUCAGAGAACAUUCCAGUCAUCGUGGACAGAUGUCUGGAGUUUGUCACAACUCAUGGGCUACAGGCUGAAGGAAUCUACCGCCUCAACGGCACCCAUUCCAAGAUUGAACAGCUACUCAGGGACUUCAACACAGAUGCGAGGUCGGUGAGGUUGAAGUUGGGGGAUCACUCAGUACACGAUGUGGCCAACUGUCUGAAGAGAUACUUCCGAAACCUGGAGGACCCACUCCUGACUAAAGCACUGCAUGACAACUGGGUAGAAGUAGCUGGCUAUGACAAGAGAGAACAUGAAGCAAAGCUUGCCUGGUUCAAGCACUACCUGGAACAUCUACAGACCAAACACCCAAUCAACUAUGCCACUCUCAAGAAGAUGAUUGGUCAUCUGAAAAGUGUGUCUGAUCACUCCAAAUCAAACUUGAUGACAUCGACGAAUCUGUCUGCUGUGUUUGGACCAACCCUCAUGGCCAGUGACAUGUCCACGGCACCCGGCUACGGAGGAACCAACCAGGAGAUUGAGACCAUCGGAUACAUGAUAGACUACUAUGCCUGGCUGUUUGAUGUGAGUGACGAUGAGUUACAAAAGGAGAAGGAGAUCCAGAGACAGAUUAAGAUGUUGAUGGAGGCUCAGCAGAUGCAGACUCAAACUGAUGACAUUCUCAUGGAGGUGUACUUGGAGGACAAGACAGGGAAAAGAGUCAAUGUCAAGAUUUCCCCAGACUCCACGUCGGAGCAGCUGUGCAGCCAGAUCAUCUCGCUGAAGGGUCUGCGUCCGGACCGGACGUGGGCGCUGUUCGAGGUGAUUGGGGACGGGGACCUCCAGAGGAUGCUGUACUAUGAGGAGCGCGUGUUCCCGGUCCUGGAGAGCUGGAAGGACCACACCGGCUCAGCCGCCAACUACCUGUGCAUGAAACACAACUUCAUCCUGGAGAGAAUGGAAGAGACACCAGACAGGAUAACAGAAAGCUCUGCCGAGUCCAUCAGCCAGCCCACUCCCUGGUGCCAACUGAAGUACUGUGAAGACAGAAGGAAGAUCAUCAAUAAGUACUCCUUCGAAAAGUACUUCUUUGAAGUCAGUGGAGGAAGGCUCAGUUACUAUAAGGAUACCAAGUCUCGAGAAAAGCCCAUAGCAGCCUGGCCGGUGGAAGGGUUCAACAUCUAUGUGGGGGUGGAGAAGAAGAAGUCCCCUCCCACCAAGUUUGGUUUCACCGUGGUCCUGAAUGGAGAAACUCUCACCAGAACUGCCUGCUGUGAGAGUGAGGAGGAGAUGUACAAAUGGGUCUGCCACAUUCUCAAGCUGAAGUACCCCCAGGGUCUACAGCCCCCCACCCCCCUGGCUCCCAUGGCCCUGUACGCUGCAGCCCCAGGCUACUCCCAGGAAGCGUUGAGUCAGUCAUACGGGACACAGAUCAACCCCACCAGGACCGGCGGCAGACACCCUCCCCCUUCUCCACACAGCCCUAUGGGUGUACCGGCAGGUUUCCAGUCAGAGCUUAUGAAGAAACUCUCCAUUCAGAGGAGGAUUGACCCAACUCUUAGAGAAUCCAGCUGCUAGCCAAUCACAGUGAAUUUAGCAACAGCCAAUCAUCUGGUGCCCCUACCAAGUCAAGGUCUUUCCUGAAGAAGUUCAGGAAUCUAUCCUUGGACAAGAGUUGAAGACAAAAGAGUCGUCACAACAAUACAUGUAGAGAAGUAGUGGUGAGAUUGUGGGAGGGGGGCACAUGUUUUAUGCUACCUUUGAUCUGACAAAACUUUGACUGGCUAUCUACUUGGUGCAGAUGUUGAAACAUACAGCUGACCCACAAGAUGCCCCCCUCCCCUCCUGUACAGAAUUCUCAUUGUUUGUCAGCUCAUGGCAAAAGAACUCUGCUUUGCUAUCUUGUUUCAACCCAGGCUGGGCCCUCUGAGUGUUUAUACGGGCUAAUUCUAAAAUCAGUGUAAAAUACUUAGCAAAGAACUUGGCACUUCCUCCAAAUUCUUGCAGACUGCUUUUCCAAAAUAAUUCAAAAUGCUGAAUAAUCAUAAUUAAUUUUCAAGCUGGCAGAAAGCAAUGUUUCUUUCUGUAGAAUAGAAUAGUUGCAGUCAGUUACAGAAUGUGUUUUUAUGAUGAAUCAAUGAUUUCUGUAUCAUGUGAGCAUGCUGGUUCCAUGCAUUGUAUAUGUAUAGAAUUUCUAUGAGCAAUACUUGUUUCCAUUUUUGUCAAUAUUCAGUAUUUGAGCAUUUUAUGUUGUCCUACAGCAUUCAAUUUGUUGCUGUACAUUUCGUAUUUCAAUAGUUGGAUUCAGCAUCAUAUUAUAGAAGAUGUGCAGACAAUCAUAUGCUUAGUUUGCAAUGUUUGAUAAAUAAAUGGUAUCAUAGAACAAUUGGUAGCAUUUCACAAGUACUGUAGCAAAUCCCAUGUGUUGCAAGGCUUUUUCAAUUGAAUAGCAAUAAACAACAUGCUCAUGUCAAAGCA